AUUAAUUUACUUGCGCAUCACAUACCAAAGAGCCAGAAUAAGGUUGCUUGUGUUGUGAUGCAAAUUCGUAAUUCUAGUAAUGAUAUUAAGAUAUUGAAAAAUCCGACGACUGCUAGUUUACCCAGAGGAACGGGAGGUCGGAGUUCGUUUAAUGGGAAGGUAUGCACGAUCUUUGGUUGCACUGGAUUUCUGGGUAAAUACAUCAUAUCUCCAUUGGCAAAAACUGGAACCCAGAUUAUUAUUCCACAUUGUGGAAAUAAUUAUGAGGCAGCUCGUUUAAAAGUUAAUGGUGAUCUCGGCCAAAUCAUAUUUCUUCCUAUGGAUUUGCGAGACGAGGAUGUAAUAAGAAAUAGUGUAAAGUACUCCAAUGUUGUUAUUAAUUUAAUAGGCCGUAAUUGGGAAACCAAAAAUUAUACUUACAAAGAUGUUCAUGUCGAUGGAGCAGCAAGAAUCGCAAGAAUUUGCAAAGAAUCCGGCGUUGAAAGAUUAAUCCAUUUUUCUCAUCUGAAUGCCUCGCCUCAACCAAAGCCAAUAUUCAAAGAAGGUGGCUCGAAGGUUUUGAAAGCCAAAUAUUAUGGAGAACAAGCAGUCAAAAGGGAAUUUCCAAAUGUUACAAUUAUUCGACCGUCUCUUAUAUAUGGCUCAGGAGAUGAAUUUAUGCAGGCGUACUGUUAUUCUCGGUGGAGGAGAGUCAUGAAUAAUCUGCUACUUUACAAAAUGGGAAAGGAAUGUAUAAAAAUGCCUAUACAUGGAAAAGAUGUCGGUAUUGGAGUAGCUGCAUGUGUUGAAGAUCCUAAUACCGCUGGCAAAACCUACCAAUUUGUUGGAGAACAUGCUUUCAUUUUAUACGAUUUGAUGACGUGGCUUAUUAAAAAAACAAACAUACAUCAUAAACAUAUUAAUCAUGUGGUAGUAGAUUCAAAAUAUUUCUUUUUCUAUUAUACUUACUUGAAAAUUCUCGAAUCUAUGCCAGGUGCCCCAAUAUCUCGUUUAUGCACGGAAUGUUAUGAAAUGGAUAAUACCAGUGAUACCGUACGACCAGAGUUACCAAUGUUAGAAGAUCUUGGUAUCAAACAAGCAAACUUUGAGGCAAUGGCAGAGUUUGAAAUUAAAUAUUACAAUAGAUUCGCUAUUCAGAUGGUUGCUAAUAGAUUCAACCCGUAUUUGCCAAUACCCGAAUCAGUUAAUGAUUAUAAUUUCUAA